GGGCGAGUCCGACUUCGAUUUUGACGGAUCUGUGUUUCGUGUGGUAUUCUUAGUUGUUAAAUUGUAACAAACGAUCCGCCAAAAUGAAGGGUUGUAUGUUCAAUAUCGACGGAGGAUACUUAGAAGGAUUAUGUCGUGGUUUUAAAUGUGGAAUACUUCAGCAGAGUGACUACCUUAAUCUUGUACAGUGUGAAACACUUGAAGAUUUAAAAUUGCAUUUGGCGGGUACAGAUUAUGGCAGUUUCUUGGCUAAUGAACCAUCACCACUGUCCGUUAGUGUAAUUGAUGACAAAUUGAGGGAAAAGCUUGUUGUAGAAUUCCAACACAUGCGAAAUCAUUCUGUCGAACCAUUGUCACAAUUUUUAGAUUUUAUUACCUACAGUUACAUGAUUGAUAAUAUCAUUCUAUUGAUCACUGGUACUUUACAUCAAAGACCAAUUUCUGAGCUGAUCCCUAAAUGUCAUCCCCUUGGAAGUUUUGAACAAAUGGAAGCCAUUCACGUAGCGGCUACACCUGCAAGAAUGUGAAACAUAUUGUAGUCUGUAUUUUGUAACAUCAAAAAUUUGUUUGUAGCCCCUUUUUUCGUGGAUUGUAUUUCUGAGCAAGAUUUGGAUGAAAUGAACAUUGAAAUAAUUAGAAAUACUCUGUAUAAAGCUUACUUGGAAGCAUUCUACAAGUUCUGUAAAAAAAUUGGUGGAACAACUGCAGACACUAUGUGUGAAAUAAUUGCGUUUGAAGCAGAUAGGCGAGCCAUUAUUAUAACUAUCAAUUCAUUUGGAACUGAGCUAGGUAAAGAUGAUAGAGCAAAAUUAUAUCCACGCUGUGGAAAAUUAAAUCCUGAUGGAUUGGCAGCAUUGGCAAGAGCCGAUGAUUAUGAACAGGUUAAAGCUGUGGCAGAGUAUUAUGCUGAGUACAGUGCUCUGUUUGAAGGUGCUGGAAACAAUCCUGGUGAUAAGACGUUAGAAGAUAAGUUUUUUGAACAUGAGGUUCGCCUAAACGUUCAUGCCUUUCUUCAACAAUUUCACUUUGGAGUAUUUUACAGUUACCUUAAGUUGAAGGAACAAGAAUGUCGCAAUAUUGUAUGGAUAGCAGAAUGUGUUGCACAAAAGCACAGAGCUAAAAUAGAUAACUACAUUCCAAUCUUUUAAUGUAUCCUAAUAUUUCAUUGCGCUGAUUAUUUGUCCAACUAUACAACAAUAUCAUGUAGAAAUAUGACUUUUUCUCCUUUUUAUCUCUCAAUCAUAAAAAAAUCAAGAAUUCUACACAGUAUUUCUGAUUGUCAAGAGGGGGAAACUGCCAAAUAUAUGCAGAAUAUAAAUAUUUAAUUCAUAAUUAAAUAAAA